CUCAACAAACUCAGUAUCUGCUCAAACAAUCCUUCAAUGUAUGUCAGCGUUGACUCUUCAGCCCCUUCAAUUGCUUCGACUUCGGCAAAUGACUCUAUCGAGAAUCAAGGAACCAUCGAUCUCGCUACAGAAAUUCGCCAGUUUUUGAGCCAGACACGCUUUCACAAGUCAUCUGAGCUCCCGCAGAACCCAUGGACUGUACCUGCGGGCCACUACCUACGAUCAGAUGGUAGCGUUGUCCAUAUUGAAGGCCCAGACCGGUUUCGAAGGAUUGCUGCCAACGCUAGUGUCAGUUCGAGUUUGUAACACCAGUCUGGAGGUUUCCAGAAAGUGAAAAGAGGUAGAAAUGUUGCAAAGACAGAGAUGUAUAUCGAAAGAUUGGGGAUAGGAGUCUUAGAACUUCUACGAGUACGGCGAAUGGAUUCGGCGGUCGUAGUUUGAUUGUCUUAACAUUACCGCAUGACUAGUUGUCGAGGAGCUUAUGUUCAUGGUAUUUGUGAUGCGGAUGAAGGACAGACGAGUUCGUAAGGAGAACUGAGAAGGAACAGAGGCCAC